CCAGGUGCCAGUUCUGGUAUCGGCAAGGGGACAGCUGUGGAAUUUGCCCAGCUGGGAGCGCACCUGGCUCUGACUGGGAGAAACCAGAAAAAUCUGCAGGCCACGGCAAAGGCCUGUGUGGAGGCAGGGACUCCACAGGACAAGAUUUUGCUCGUGACAGGGGACAUCUGCAAUGACGAACUAAGAAAAAACCUGGUGAAUCAAACAGCACAGAAGUUUGGCAGGGUCGAUGUCCUGGUAAACAAUGCCGGUAUAGCGUCGUUUGACACUUUAGAGACAACGAAUAUGGCGGACUAUGACAGGACCAUGGACGUCAACGUUCGCAGUGUGGUCAGACUGACUCAGCUGUGCGUUCCACAUCUCUCAAUGACUAAAGGUGCCGUUGUAAAUGUUUCUAGCCUUGCUGGGAUUCGGGCGUUUUCAGACCAUCUUGCAAAUUGCAUGAGCAAGGCAGCAUUGGACCAGUUCACAAGAUGCGUGGCACUUGAAUUAGCCCCCAAGCAAGUCAGAGAUAAUUCUGUUAACCCUGGUUUGAUCCAGAAAGAGAUGCUGAGACGCUUCGGGUUGAAUAAAGAGGAAUAUGCCAAGAUGAUACAGGGAAGGGUCGGAGAAGUUUCGGAAGUAGCGAAGACCAUCGCCUUCCUGGCCUCGCCAGACGCGUCCUUCAUAACCGGCGCACUGGUCCCCUUGGACGGGGGAAGGCACCUCAUGUGCCCGCGUUGACCCUAUCUAGA